GGCGUAUUCAACCUAACGCUAACCUCUGAAGCAAAACAGAGAGAAAUAUGAUUAAGAUUACAUUGUUGCUUUGUUUAGGUUUCGGAUUUGCAUCUGCCAAUGAAUGCAUUAAUAAACCUGAUGAUACAAUAGUAAAUGCUGGUUGUCAGUAUUAUGAAAUUUGCAGAAAUGGGUCGCCUAUUGCCAACUAUUGCAUAAGACCAAGAGUUUUCAAUCACGCUAAGGGUCAAUGUGACGAUCCUGUGAAUACACCUCCGCCUUGUGGAAAUGAGAAAAGUUGUGGAAAUACUCCAGAUGGGAGAUAUCCAAUUUUGGAAAUGAACUGUAGGUGCUACUACACGUGUCAAGAUGGACAAAACAUGGGAACUCAGUGUUGUCCUGAUGGUCUGACAUGGGAUGUUUAUGAUAGUCUUUGUAACUGGCCAAGAGAUGUUCCACCCCCGUGUGGAACUUAUUCUCCGGAACCUAUAACAACUGCAAAACCAUAA